UGUUAUUUAACCGCUCGACCUACAUGCACGAUAAUUUUUUUUAUUUUUUGUCUUUUUAUUUUAUAACUGACUUUAGCAGCUACUGAUAAAUUUUUUUUUCAUUUUUAUCAAUGAGAUAAAUAUUUUUUUAUGUCAAAAUUAAUGUGAAGAAAAAUUAUAGCUUGGUUAAAUAAAUUGAUCAUUGAUGAUCGAUGUGAAUAAACAUAAUUAUGUAAAAUAUAAAUAAUUAAAAUAAAUAAAUAUAUAAUAAUAAAAAAAAAUGAGUUUAAAAAAUAACCAACUAAACAGUCAUAUUUUGAGAAAGCGAUAAAAAAAUUUAUUGUGUACGAUAAUAUUUUUAUUUCGUUUUUUUUUUUUUUCAUUUUAUCGUUAAACGUCGUUUGCUCCCAUUACUCAUCGUUUAGUGGCAUGUUGAAAAAUAAAAAAAUAAUAUUAUUGUUUGGACUAGUGUUGAAGCAAGUGUUUUAACUUUUUCUUUUGUUAAAUAUAUUCCAAGUCAAUAAAAAAAGUGCAGUAACUAUAAUGAAUCAAUCAUUGAUAUUUUUUAUUUUAUUUUUCAUCUUGAAAUUAAAAUUUCAAUCAGCUCUUGAUAUUGAAUUAGCUGAGAAUAAUUAUAAUGUCUACACUGAUUUUGAAGAUAAAAUUUGGUUAUUAAAAUCAAAAAGCUAUGAAAAAGUUAUUGGUAUUUGUAAUGUGACCCAUAUUAGCCCUGAAGGAAUUAAUAAUUAUAGUAUUUCAAUCAACGAAACAGACAAUGAAUUUUUACAAAUGGAUAAUUCUUCUUGCACAUUUGAAAUUUUAAAUGCAUCGUCUAUGCAUUUGGGCAAGUGGAUAUUCACUGCUGAUAACGAAAACAUAUCUAAAAGUGUCACUGUCUAUGAAAAAAAGGAGGUGAAACCAUUGCCAUCUGAAGUAUUAUUCGUAAAUCAAAAUGAUUAUAUUACUUUUAAAAUAAAUAAAUCUGACAUUUUUAAAAAAUGUUAUGAUAAACAGGAGUGUUUAACGUAUUCACAGGAGAACACAUUUGAUUUAAAAAAUGUAGAUUGUCAUCUUGAGAAAUUAAACAGUAACAUUGAGCUUGAUAUGAAGAAUAUAAAAAAUGAAGAUUAUGAAAAUAUUGGUUUAUGUGAAAUUAAAAUGCUCGCAAAACCAGAUAAAAUUGGAACUUGGUUAUUAACUGUGAAUAAUAAUUACACAAAAAUUUAUGCAUAUGUUAAAAUAAUCAUUGGUAUUAAAUUAUAUUGGGAAAUUAAUAGCCGACAAGUAUUAAAACUCAAUGUGGAUAAUUAUAAGAGAAAUCAAGAAUCUUGUGAGCUGAUAAAUCCAAAUAAUGAAUUGAUAAAAUUAAAUUCAAAUCAUUGUGAAUAUAAAAUACGUAAAGUAAAUUAUAAUCACAAUGGAAAUUGGACCGGGCGAUUUUUGCCAAAAAGCUUAAUCACAAUUAGUGAAGAAAAAAAAUUCAUAAUCAAAGUUUUUGAAAAUCAAAAAAGUGUUCAAGCAACACUUCAAGAGACUUUCAAGAUUGAAUGCACUGUACUUGCACGACUCAACAAUUGUUCGAUUCAAAGUCCCAAUGGUACAUUAUUUCCAGCAACUAUUGCAGGUACAAAAAUGGAUAUUUGUCGUUUGACUAUUCACUUUGCUCACGAUAGUCACAGUGGUAUAUGGACUUGUCAUUUUAAUCUUUUUGAAGGCCUUCAACUCAAGUCAAAUGUCACAAUAAUUGUCGAAGAACCUUCAAAUUUUUUUUAUAUAAUUGGACUGAUGGUUUUGAUAUUUAUAAUUAUUCUCAGCAUUUUAAUUAUCCUUCGUUUGAUAAAUAAAAGAAAUUAAUUUAUAUAUUAAUUUAAAAUAAUACCACAGUACUAAUAGUGUUAAUGAAUUAAAUAAAUAUUGAAUUCAUUAAAUAUUUUAAAAUAUACAUCAACAAAGUAUAAGUUUAAAAUAAAUUGCAUGCUACAUAUAUAUAUUCAAGUCGGCGACAACGACAAAUGGCUUGAUCUCAUUUGCCGAUCAGCUAACCCUUCAUUCACAUUUUUAAAAAAUUUUAUUUUCUUAUAUACUUAAUUCCAUUUUUUAUGUUUGAACCUGUCGGCAACUUCCUUUACUUAUUUUUUAUAUUUUUUUUUUUUUGUUUCUUCAAUAAUAAAUGUUUCCAUAAAACACGCAACUUUCAUCAACGGUUCAUUAGGAAAAUGUUUAUUUAGAGAUAAACUGCAGCAUUACAAAGUAUAUAUUGUAAUUUAUUGAUUUAAAAUUUUAUAAAAAAAUAAUUAAUUAAUAAAUAUAGAAUCAUGAAAUGAUUCUGAUGGUCAUUAAGCGCCAUUUCGUGGGCGUCAAUGACACGUUAUAAUAACGGAGAGCGGCAACGCAUCGCGUGCGACAACGAAUCGUAGGGUAUAUUGUGGGCUGUCUCCUUGACAAGCGGGUGUUUAAUUGGCGUUGAAAUCAACAGUGUGACGGUUAACAACGUCGUCCAAAUGCCAGUGUUGUUAAAUCUAAAAAAUCCGCCAUCACUGUAUAUAUGUUUGUAUAUUAUCACGUUGAGAACAACCUGGUAAUUACCAAUAGCACGCAAUUUUAUAAAUAUAUACAUAUAUGCGUGUUUACAAUGUUUGAGAAUUUAUAAAAAAUUUAUUGUCGGUAACUUUUUAAGUACUAUUAUAUUAUAAGCCUUCAAAAGAAUUAAAAAAAAAACAUUUAAAAAAUAAAAUUCUUGAGUAAAUUUUUUUGUUUUUUCUUAAUUUUUUUAACCUGUUAUAUUUUAAUUUUAUAUAAUCAAUUUUUAUUUGAAAAAAAACUACGAAUUAAGAUCAUUCUUAAUAUAAAAACUUCAAUGCAAAAUAAAAAUAGAAAAUCAUUUUUUUUUUUUAGAGUAAAAAAAAUGUAAUAUUCAAUUGCGUUUAGGUUUUUAAUUAAAAAAAAUAAUAUCUUAUCUUUUAUAAAUGUAAAAUUAUAUUAAUAUAUUGUUGUAGAUAAAUAUAAAAAAAUGAAAUUUAUUUUUUUUUUAUAAUUAAACUUUGUUCGUUAUGAAUCAAACGAAUGUUGAUUAAUAUC